UGAGCCCGCGAGCAACUAAACAAAAACAACAAAAACAAAAGAAACAGAAUCUGGUUUAGAAUUAGAAUCAGUUGUGGCUGUGUUUUCCAAUAUCUUUGCAGUCUAUUUAUUUGUUGGCAGUCGCUUAUGUUCAUUUAAAGAGUCCCACUGGUGCUAUGAGUGGUUACCUUGGUGACCUGAGCAGCUUCCAGCAAGAAACUCUAGAACAGUUCAGUGUAAAAGUGUCUGAUGUUCUUCAGAAAGAGCAUGAUGACUUCUUCCUUCUUAGGUGGCUCAGAGCUCGGGACUUCAACUUGGAGAAAGCGGAAUUUAUGCUUAGAGAGAGCCUUGCUGUUAGGAAAAAGAUGGGCUUGGACAAUAUUUUAGAUACCUAUAAAGUUCCUGAGGUUCUCCAGAAGUAUUACCCUGGUGGUUAUUUUGGAUAUGAUAUUGAAGGAGUCCCUGUUUUUAUUGAUCCACUAGGGAAUAUCGAUUUUAAAGGAUUACUUUUAUCAGUAAGGAAGGAUGAAAUCAUUAGGUUUAAGGGAUACACAGCAGAGUUGGGUUUACACUUAGGAGCUCAGCAAUCCAAAAAGGUAAAUAAGAGGAUUGCCCAGGUAGUAAUGGUCAUGGACAUGGAAGGGCUUGGACUCAAGCAUUUAUGGAAGCCAGGUGUCAUGACGUUCAAUAGUGUUGCCUCGUUCUAUGAAGACAAUUUUCCAGAGGUGAUGAAAUCCAUAUUCGUGAUAAGAGCUCCUAGGAUUUUUCCUAUUGCAUAUAAUCUCGUCAAACCCUUUUUAAGUCCAGCUACUAGAAAAAAGGUGCAGAUACUUGGAGAUAACUGGAAGGAAGUUUUAUGCCAACAUAUCCCUGCCGACCACCUGCCGGUCUACUAUGGCGGUACAUGUGUCGACGAUUCCGGUGAUCCUGCUUGUAGCCAGAAGAUCUGUUACGGAGGUGAUGUACCAGAGUCUUAUUUCUCGACAAGCCAGACACUAGAAACAGACGCCUACCAGACAGGAAUCGUGCGAAGAGGAAGCACCUUUAAGCUCAGCUACGAGAUAGAAACGCCCAACAGUGUAAUAAGCUGGGAAUUCAAAUCGGAGGACCAUGAUAUUGGGUUCGGUGUUUACUUCUCCGCAAAUACAGAAGACAAAUGCAAAUGUAAAGAUAUGGUAGAGUUGGUCCCAUCGCGUCGAGUUGACUGCCAUCUCAUCCCAGAACAGGACUCCAUAACGUGCGAGAGACCCGGGACAUAUGUCCUCCGUUUUGAUAAUACGUACAGUUGGACAAGAAACAAGAAAAUCCUGUUCUGUGUGGAUGUAACUGAGCCACCCCUGGAGACAAACGGGAACUACACAGAGCCGACCAGAUGAUAGUAGAAGCACAAGGGGAGGGAUAAAAAAAAUUGUUGGUAAUUUGGGGUCUUUAUGGACUUUCCUUAACAUUAAGGAUAAGACCGUAUAAAUUCGAGCCUUUGGUUGGGAGUGAGGUGUGAAUAAUUCUAGGUUGAGGUGUUUUUAGGAGUUAAAGAUGUCGAUCUUUUUUGGGGGUAAUGACGGUUGAUAUGAUGUCUUUAUUUAUCUUUAUAAUAUAUAAUUAUGACCUCCUACUUGCGGGUCUUGAUUAUUUUGUAAAUAUUUAUCUUUACAAACGCAACGUUCAAAAUAGUUUAUUUGGGAGAGCAUUUGGUGAUGCGUUUGUAUGUAUGAGACAAAAAUGUUUUUCUAUUUAUUCUUCCUUUGUCGGAACUUAUUUUUAUUUAUAGCUCUAAUUUUAUUUCAUAGUAUUAUAUCUGUAGGUUUUAUCCAAAAUGUAAUUUAUACAACUACGUUUUUUUUAUUCCAAUAAAAUUUUAUCAGCAA